GUCGGUAGAGGCAGCAGGAGGAGGUCGAUCUGGACUCUGCGGUGGCCAGCAGCUAUCUCGUCGGUGCUUGUGGGCUUCGCUCAUUCCUGCCUCGUCGCUCCCUGGAAGGGGAGGGGGGCUUCGACGCCGAGCAGGAGUCGCCGCCACCGAGGUCCCGAGCUCGAAGUCGCUAGGACUUCUCUUAAGUUUGUGUGCUGAGGAGACUCAGAUGUUGGCCUCAGCUCCUAGGCUGAACUCAGCAGAUCGGCCCAUGAAAACUUCUGUAUUGAGACAAAGGAAAGGAUCUGUCAGAAAGCAACAUCGGUUAUCCUGGGCUUGGCAGCAAGGAAGAGGACAGGUAGUGGAAAUCCUGCAAUCUGAAAAGCAGACUGAAAGGUGACAAAGAAGCUGAAGAUGGGUGGCGGAGAGAGGUAUAACAUUCCAGCCCCUCAAUCUCGAAAUGUUAGUAAGAACCAACAACAGCUUAACAGACAGAAGACCAAGGAUCAGAAUUCUCAGAUGAAGAUUGUUCAUAAGAAAAAGGAAAGAGGACAUACUUAUAAUUCAUCAGCAGCUGCAUGGCAAGCCAUGCAAAAUGGGGGAAAGAACAAAAGUUUUCCAAAUAAUCAAAACUGGAACUCUAGUUUAUCAAGUCCCACCUUACUUUUUAAGUCUCAGACUAAUCAAAACUAUGCUGGAGCCAAAUUUAGUGAGCCACCAUCACCAAGUGUUCUUCCUAAACCACCAAGCCACUGGGUUCCUGUUUCCUUUAAUCCUUCUGAUAAAGAAAUAAUGACAUUUCAACUUAAAACCUUACUCAAAGUACAAGUAUAAAAUAAGAAAGUACUAAUGUUUAAAUUUAGUCAUAUUUAAGGAUAAUUGGCAAUUGUUUCAGACCAAAUUCACUUGGGAAUUUAUCUGUAAAACUGUUAAUUAAUGUAGAAAAUUAGACUUCACCUUUAUGUGUCAUGUGCACUAUGAUGUAACAGUAGAAUCACUGCAACUUAAGAUAACUGAAUUAUUGAUAAUUGUUCUUGGUAUCAAUACUAAGUGUUCUCAGUUGAGUAACCAAGUGAAACCAUUCAAGUUUAGAUUUGGAGAAUGGUAAAGGAAUCAACUUUUUCUAUUGCUUGUUGGGGAAAAAUACUAAUUUAAUAUUAUUCAUGGAACAGUAUAUUUAGUUGUUGAAAGCUGGUGAAUCUGAUAAUAAGCAUCCAGUUAAGACAUACCAGGGUUGAAAACUAGUUGAAUAUUUGAAAGUUUAGAAACACCCAAACCAGUAAUAUGCCAACAACCUGAUGCACUGCCAAGAGAAAAUGUGAAUUUUCUUUAGAGAAUAGUCGUGGUUUAGUGAACUGUAUGGUGGUGAAUGUGGAAAGGACACUAGGGGCUAUUUAGAAUGAGAGUAUACCCCCUUGGCCCCAUUUCUGACAUGCAGCGGGACAGGUGUCUGCCAACAAAUGCACCGAAACUAUUUUUUUUAUAGAAACAGUAUUUGGUGUUUACCGAGUAGCUUUCAAAAUACAUUUUUGUAUUAAGGCACUGCGCAAGCUAUUCUGACAGUGAUGUGGCUUCAGAUCCCUGCAAAAGCGUGUUUAAAGUGGGGAGCUGUAUAAUGUGAAAGUUUUAAGUACAUAGGAAAGAGCUAUGUAAAUAUAUGUAAUAAACUUGUAGCAUAUGUAAAGUUUUGUUGGCAUUUAUCCUACAAAAAUAGAGUAUUUUAGUAUGAAUUUGCUGAAUAUGAGACGGACUCUUUUUAUACUAUGGCCUAAUUUUAAAGGUCCAAAAUAACUUGUUUUUAAAGUUUGCCCUUGUGCUAAAGUGCCAGUGUAUGUAUGUUAUCAUUGAUCUUGCUGUAAACUAUAUUUCAAAGCAAAUCCUAGUGUAAAGUUUUAUAUAACCGAAAAGGUUUUAAGCUGCUAAAACAUUUCCUAUUUUUAAGAGAUGUGAAAUGCAGUAUGAGAUUACUAUUUUUUUUCUUAAGCUCAAAGGUCAACUAAUUAAGAGGGUUCUCCAACCUUAAAAGAUUCAUUUUGGCUUUCAACAAUUUGUGUAACCUGUGAGUACAGUGUACAAUGACCGUACCGUGAUUUUUUCAUCAGGGAUGCAACCCAGGGGACCACUUGUUGCAAAAGAUGUAAUUUCUUGCAUAGUACCUUGAUAACAUGCUUUGCCUACCUUAAAGAUAAAUGCUAAUUAUAACAGCUAACCGAAUAGUAAAUUAAAAGUGUGUGUGGGGGGAAUCUGUUUAAAAUUUGAAUGUAGGUCGGUCCCUAUUACCUAAUUUGGCAGCUUUUUUUUUUUUUGUAUUUUUAAGCAGAAUGGCUAAGUUGUAUUUCUCCAAAUAAAUUCAGGUGAGAUAAAACGUCCCAAAUCCUAAAGUUUAUAUAGUACUUAAUGUACAUAUAUGAAUUUGAAGUGUGAAAUUAAAAAAUAAAAUUGCUUUUUCCCCAGUGGCUUGCUUUUAUUGAUAAAAACUGUUACAACUAAUAUUCUCAUAGCAUGCACAUAAUUAGCCCAACUGAAAUACAACAGGACUGUGGGUUUUAAGAGGCAACCGGUUUGCUUACUAACAUUUGGAUUAAUUCAGCAGCUAUACAAUAGAAAAAGGCAACUAGCUGUGACUUCCUCCCAGCAGGGCUUAACAGUUAAGUGGCUAUAGAAUACUUUGGAAACUUACAUGAAGUUUCUGAAUUCAUUUGAUAAAAUUGAGUAAAGCAGAUUUGUGUCUCCCUUUUUACUACAUUCUGAUUUAGGUUUAUAGAAAAAAAAACAGCACAGAAGAAUUCCUCAAGUUGACAGGAACCCUUGUGUUUUACUACUUGUUGAUACAUAAAGGUACAAUUUUCACAAGGGGACAUGUGGUAAAAGUCACAAGAAUUACACUGGCUUUCUAAAAUAGGUUCCAAAUGAUAGGGUAGCUUAAACUUGUUCAAUAAUCCUUUUUAGAGUUCCACACUAAUUAGGCAAUGAAUCCCAAGCUGUAUCUUCUCAUGCAAAUGAAGUAAGUGACUUGCAAGAAAUCAGUAUUUGAGCUCAUUUUUUUCCUGGUGUAUUCCCAGUGUAUUUUCUAUUACCAGUGCCAAGCAUUGCCAUGUUUUCUGUACUGCACUGGAAUUUGACUAGAUUGAACAGUCCUCAUCCCGGGCAUCUUUUGUUAGUUUACGUAUACUAAAAGAUAUAUUAGAUUUUUGCUUUGGGGUUGAUUCAAGUGAUAAAAGGGUUCAGAGAAGGAAAUAAGUAAAAUUUUAAUGGCUAUGGGUACGUAAAAAGUUAAUGGUCAUAACAUCUCAUACCUUAAAAAGGUACUAAUAAAGUUACAGCCUACAGGAAGGAUGGUGAUAGAAUUCCCACAUCUUUGUUAAGAAUGAAAAAGUUGUUAGAACUCACUUAAUCCUGUAGGGCUAGUUGGCCAUAGUGUGAACUUAGUGUUUUAAUUUAAAUGUCGUAUCUUUUUGAUGGCAGUAUAUAUAGUAUGAUGGAAUCUUGAGUCCAUAACCUAUCCUUACACUUAAGUUCUCUUCAUCCCAAAAGAAAGCACAAGGUGGAAAAAAACUCCUGUUAAGUUUUCUAGUGUUUAAUUGUAUUCUCAUAGGCAAUUACUUUGUAGAACAACUGGGACAGAGUACAUCUCAAACCUCUUAUACAAUUAUGGAAAGCCUACCCAGUCACAAAUCUGUAAGGCAGAGCUAACCCUAAAAAAAAA